CAUCAGAGAGCACAUGCUGACCCUGUGGCUCUGAAGUACUCUUUCCGUGAUGUCAUCACGGCAUCCCACAAUGCACCUGUGAAGCUGCAGGUCCUGCAGAAGCGUUGUCUGGCUCCAGGAUGGUACGCCACACACCUCUCACGCUGGCUCGAACACUACCACCACGACCAGAUUCUGGUUGUGGACUGUCAGACAUUGAAAACGGAUCCAGCGUCAGUCAUGGAGAAGAUCCAGACGUUUCUGGGUUUGGAGAAUCGAGUCGAUUACCACAAGACACUAGCGUGA